CAACACUACAAAUCUAUUACAUUUAUUGAGGAUAGCCAUGAUAGGUAACUAUACCCACUAGAUGCCUCCAUCUUGAUGGGUUGGUUGUAGAAUGCAAAUUCCUAAUGUGAUCGGUAACUAUGCUAUUGGGGAAAAGAUCGGAGAAGGCAACUAUGCAGAAGUCAAGCUUGCGACACAUUGCCUCCUUAAGCAGAAGGUUGCCCUCAAGAUUAUCAACAAGAGUGCUCUCUCUCAAAAUGAUGUAGAUAAAAUCAACCGUGAGGUUAAAAUUAUGAAGGUGUUGCAUCAUCCGAAUAUUAUACGAUUGUACCAAGUUAUGAGGGACAGUUCAGACAGACUUUACAUGGUUACUGAGUAUGCUUCCGGGGGCGAACUUUACAGUUACCUAGUAAAGUUCCGGUGUAUGGAAGAAAGUCAGGCUAGGAACAUCUUCUCCCAGCUGCUCUCAGCGCUGGAGUUCUGUCAUUCCCGGAAUGUAGUGCAUCGUGACAUCAAGCUGGAGAAUCUGCUGUUGGAUAGCAAUGGGAAUGUGAAACUUGCUGACUUUGGGUUUUCAAACUUCUUCUCCUGGGAUGGUAAGCUUAGUACGUGGUGUGGAAGCCCUAGUUAUGCUGCUCCAGAGAUUUUCGAAGGCAGGGAAUACAUUGGACCUGAAGUUGACAUAUGGAGUGCCGGGGUGGUUCUCUACACGCUUGUGUCCGGCUGUCUCCCGUUUGAUGGGGCAAAUGUACAGGAGCUAAAACAACGCGUUAUCAAAAAGAUAUACAGAAUACACUUCAGAAUUUCAGAAGAGUGCCGGGACAUAAUAAGCAAGAUGAUAGUUUACGAGCCUUCAAAGCGGCAUUCGAUACCUAAACUCAGAGAACACUCGUGGAUGCAGAAAAUCAAACAGCAGAGCCCUAUUGUGAAACCUCAAGGUGCAGACGACAUCAACAAAGUUCGGGAAUACGUCAUAAGGAACCUCAAAGCUAACGGAGUUGAUUGGCAGUCAGUUUUAGAGGCGGCAAAUCAACGCAAGUUCGAUGAUUGGUAUGCGAUGUACUGCAUAUUAGAGGAUCAAUAUUUCAAGGAGGUCAAAACUGCAAGCAACAUUCCCCCAACCCUCCCAUCAGAAACUCGUGCGUUACCAUCAUCUAUAUGGUUUCCCGAGCUGCAGCAGCAAAGUGAAACACUCCGACAAGCUCGAGAUUGGACAUGCCGGGACCUGGCUAAGGUUCCUCUCUCCCUUUCCUCCAAAUCCUCCUUCGGGUCAUCUCAAAUGGAGCCGGCACAGCGGUUGCGGACGAUCAGUGGACAACACGACACGCAGCUAGCACUACAUCAGCAGUACCUGAACUACAGACGCCACUCUCUCGAUAUAUUCACCUUUCAGAACCCUCACAUUCGCAACCACCUCACCUCUUCUAAUUUAUCGACUACAAACGAUUUGCUGCGGACCCCUCUGAACAACUUCACCAGUGAUUUAGCUGCACGCCGCGCAUCAGACAGCAUCGCUUUGCAUUCGAACAGAGUUAUGACUGAACAAUCAAUACCUCCUCCAAGCUUCAUGUUCUAUCAGGAAAUGUGUAAGCCAGAUCACCAAAAGAAGACUGUUGAAGAGCCGGGCGAGAGGUUCCUGUCGAGUAUACCACCCCGUGUUAAGAACCACCUAUCACGUCGGGCAAGUGACGGUCACAUAACAUUCAACAAGACUCCAAACUUGGACUCCUUGCAAGAGCUUCCAGGGCAAGAGCACGAUUCAGAGGAGAUGCUGCCAAUCCCAUCCUCAUUUCAACUGUCACCCCGUCAACAGCCCCGUAGACACUCCUUUGAGCCGAGUAUCUUAUUGCCCCAUAUGGGCUCCAGUGCCAAGAGUGUCACUCUCCAGCAGCAUCUAGAGAGUUUGUACGAACAGGCGCUGUACAAGAAUCAAACUGAGGAGAGUGAGACAUCUUCUGAGUCGGAGACUAUGAACACUGACUACAACUUCCAACAGAGGAAUCUUGGAAGCAGACUUCAAGACCUGCACAUAGAGUCGAAUAACGUGGAACAAUGGCGGCACAAAAACUCUCACUAUAUGAACUGCGUGGAAAACAUGGAGGACAUGCCUAUCGACACCAACAUUGCGGAGGAGGAAGUGAGACUUCCUCGUCAAGUUUCAACCGCUAACAUAAUCUCUGAUCAAUCCGCUCGGGAUAUCUUGAACUUCGUGGAAUCGUACUUCAUGAACGUUUCACCCACGCCGUGCCUCAAUACCGAUGGGUUUGCUAUCCGUGCCAGUUGGACUGAACUAGAAAUCUUCGCCGAGGUAUGCUCGGUGGGUUGCAGGAGCGGAGUACAGCUCCAGCACAUAAGAGGUGACCAUUCUUACUACGCUGAAGUCUCCCGGAAACUCAUAUCCUCUCUCAGUGCCGCCAGGUGACGGCAUCAUCGCAAGAUUGCGUCAAUGUAACGUGACGUCAUAACUUCAAUUCGAGAAAUCAGCGUCAGCAAGGAAGUUGAUGAAGCGAUGUGUACGUGUGAGAGGUCAAGAACUCACUCAGUAAUACGUCAUGACGACGUUGACUGACGUCAGUGUACCGUGGUUUGACGUCAGUUUGUGACGUGGUGUUGUUUAAUAUUUUAGGUAUAGUAUGGGGUUAUAUUACUCUUGACAGUGGAUACUAUCAGCUAGGAUAUAAUUAUUUGAAUCUUCAUUAUCGCUCCGAAAAUGAAUCCAUCACGAUUGCAAUGCUUGACUAAAAUGAACGCCCUAAUCGUUCGAAAUGUCCAUCAUAAAUCUGCAAAAAGAUAUGAAGAUUUGCUUGAACAACUGUUGAUGAUGAUAUUAAGAGGAUUGUUAUUAUUCGAGUUAAAGAGACAUUUUCUAUAGAGUUUACCAUUGGAUGUUUUGAUAUCUCACUAUCACAGGCAGAGGUUGGCUUAUAGAUAGUAAUUCUUAUGAGGGAAGAAACAAAUUUUAAUUUGAUUAUUUAAAGCUCAUCAUGACUAAAAAUUUUAAUUAAAUUCAGGUCUUGAACAGUAUUGAUAUAACGCAAUAUUUUAAACGAGCUCGUCAAAAGAGUAAUUCCAAUACACGGACAUGUUUAUCUCCUGGAUGUAAGACACGGACAUGUUUAUCUCCUGGAUGUAAGACACGGACAUGUUUAAUGUUUUAUCUCCUGGAUGUAAUAUUCGAACGAUCCCUAACCACGGUGUUAUGCCCUACUUUUAGUAUUCAUGGCACAAUUGCUGCACAGCACAGUAUCUGCGCGGUAAAAUUGCUGCACAGCACAGUGUCUGCGCGGUACAAUUGCUGCACAGCACAGUAUAUACGCGGUACAAUUGCUGCACAGCACAGUAUCAGCACGGUACAAUUGCUGCACAGCACAGUAUCUGCGCGGUACAAUUGCUGCACAGCACAGUAUAUACGCGGUACAAUUGCUGCACAGCACAGUAUCAGCACGGUACAAUUGCUGCACAUCACAGUAUCUGCGCAGUAAAAUUGCUGCACAGCACAGUAUCUGCGCGUUACAAUUGCUGCACAGCACAGUAUCAGCACGGUACAAUUGCUGCACAGCACAGUAUCUGCGCGGCACAAUUGCUGCACAGCACAGUAUCUGCGCGGUACAAUUGCUGCACAGCACAGUAUCU